AUGCAAGCAGUUGCCUUGGGGCGAGUUCGGGAGCCUGGCUACCGGAACUGGCUGGCCGCAGUUGCCGCCCAACCUCAAGCAGAAGUGGAGGAGGCCGUUGCCGGCAAGCACAAGUACUGUCAGGGGUACAGUGGCAUCCAGUGCUCCUUUGGCGUUGAGGGUAAGCCCGCGCAGCCCCACGGUCCGGCGCGUUGCCUAUUCUGCAACCCGGAGCACCUGCAAGCAGCUCUAAACGCUCCCCUCCGCGCGGCCGCGGCGUGCAGGCGCUUUGCGCAGCUCAGCCCAGAAGCGCAAGAAGCAGUGCUGGGGCGCGUUCUGCAACCGGAGCACCGUGACCAACUGGCUGCAGCCCAGCCCCUGCUCGAGGCAGAAGAACCGGCGUCCAGACCCUACCGCCGGCGAGACCAAUCCUGGCGCGGAGCAGUGCCCUACACCUCGGAGGACCUUGCAGCCCGUUACAGCGCUGUCGCAGAGCCCGAAGUCGCCGCGGCGGAGUACCGGGUCAAGGUUGUCGACGAUCGCCGCAAGAGCUUGAACAUGAUGCAGCAAGCAGAGCCGCGACUGCCGCGCGGCGCGGAAGUCUCUAACGAGGACCCCCUGCCCAAGGCGGCUUCCACGCGCCUGGCGGCCAACUUGCAGCUCUGGGCGGAGUUCAACUCCUGGCAGGUCUGUGACUCAUGCGGCGCUCUGCAGCCCAGGGACCUUGCGCCCGCUGGCCUUCGCGGCCUCCUCCGCCCACAUUGCGAUGCCAGGCAUUGCAUCUUUUGCCGCAGCACGCGUCCCGCGCCUCGGCCCCAGCCGCCGCCGGAUGCCUUGCGCGGUCUCUCGCUGGAUGUGCGACAAGCGCUGCAGCCGGCAGAGCCAGACUUCGGGCCUGUCAUCCGCUCUCGGGACCAAUUCGGGCGAGGUAACGGCUACAGGCAGCACGCGAAGUUGGUCACCUUCGCCUGGGCGGCCGUUUCCGUGAAAGACAAGAUCGCGGCGCUGCCGCAGCCGGCCCAGAGCGCGGCCAGACGUGCCUUCGACCUGCUCCUAGCGUGCUCCGGCCCAGCAAAAGACCAGUCCGCCUACGCGGAUUUCUACUGGGAGCACGAGAGCUUUCUGGCUAACAACGCGGGGUGCGAGGCUUGGGCGCGGCGGCGCUGGCUGCGCUUUAUGGAGAAAGAGGGGCUGGAGUGCGCCCUGUGGCCAGAUCUGUUCCUGGAGCGGCAGCACUGCUUGACCUGGGCUCGCCUGCAGAGCAGCAGCCGGCAAGCCCGCGGCAGCGAGCGCAGCACCUUGGAGGAGCGCUUGAACUUUGACCCGUUGGGCGAAGCAAGCUCUCCGGAAGAGGCGACCGGCCUAAAGCGCUCGUACAUGGCCCUGGUCUUGUCGCCUAUCUUGGAUUUCAGCCUCUCCUACAAACUCCUGCACUUUGCCUUUGACCUUGGCUUGUGGACAGACCUGGGGGCCAAACGGAACCUCAACCUGGGAACACCGCUCCGGCUGCUACUCAAAGGCCACAGCUUCUCCUCGGAGUAUUGGCGCGACAUGCACCGCGCGCUGGUGGACCUCACGCGGCAGAAGGGCUACCCGCCUAUCUUCGCGACGCACAGCCCGCUGGAAUGGUCAUGGCCCAACCAUUGCCACAUUCUGGACGCCAUGCGCAAAGGUCGGCGAGGCAGGGCGGUCCAGGACAUGGAGGCGCUACGCCUGGAGCGCUGCGUCCAGGCAACGCUGGAAGUGGAGCCGGCCUCUUUGCGCGGCUUCGUCGUGGCCUCGCAGCUCGACGGCAACGGCAAGACUCCAUUCCCAGUCCACGAGGGGGCGAGCCGCUACAACUCCAACAUCCGGGCUUACGAGUUCCUCCAUACUGCGGAAGACCACUCCAAAGGCGUCCGCGGUUACUUCAGCCCCCUCAUGGAAGUGACCAAAUGUCACCAAGAUGUGCAGGUGGACCAGCGCGGGCAACAGAACUACGCGGCCUACACCGCCAAGUACGCCCCGAAAUUCAGCGACUCGAUGGAGGAAGAGCUGCUCAACGACGAUGCGGACGCGAACUCCAUCGCGGCCUCCGUUCUCUCCCGCUACAAGCCCUGCGUCCCGGAGAUGGCCUUGCAGCUCUUUGGCUCCGUCUUCCGCCAGUGGCACAUUGGCACCCACAGCGGAGGGCGGCGGGCGCUGAACGUCCCAACGCCCGACAUCGACCCCGCGCCGAAGGCAAGGCAAGUCUGGGACAGCGAGGCCGCCGUCGAGGAAGACAUGCUGCUGGAAGGCCACGGGCGCUUGCACAGGCAAGAAGUGCUGGGCUACUUCCGCGCGCAAAGCGCGCUGGUGCGCCAAUACAUGUCCGGCGCCUUGCAAAAGCCAGCGCCGCGCCCAGCGGUCACAAGGCCCGGCCGGACGCACUUCCUGCCCAUCCAGAACAGGUACGCGGAGCUCAUCGCGACGGGGGCCAAGACUGUUGAGGGGCGGCUGAACUGUGGGGUUGCCGCGCUAGUCAAGGCCGGCGACCGACUUCGCCUUGGCCCGGUUCACUGCAAGGUCACUGAGAUCAACAACUACACCUCCUUCGAAGAGAUGCUGCGCAGCACGCCCUGGCAAGCGGCAGUCCCCGACGUCAGCACCUUGCAGGAGGCCUUGGAAGUCUACCACAGCUUCGCCAACCACGAGGACCUGGCCCAACGCUGCGGCGUCCUAGCCUUCCACGUGCAGCUUGAAGACGCCGAAACCAGCCCAGAGGCGCCCGCCUGGAACGCCGAACAGAGCCGGUGGCUGCGGCUCAUGGAAGAAGACCUUGCGCGGGCGGCAGCGGUGCACUUUGCCAGCACAGAAGCAGAAGCGGACGCGGCCCGGGCAAAGACUUGGCAGUGCAACCGCAUCCGUGCUCUGGAGGGGCCGCCAGGCACGGGCAAGACCACCGUAGCCAAGGAGCUCGUGGAGAAAGCUGUCGGGCAAGGGCUUCGGGUGCUGUGGACUGUCUACACGGCGCAGCUGGCCUCGCGGAUGCGGCAAGAGUUCGGCGGCGGUGUAGACGUGGACACCUGCCACGCGGCGCUGGGCCUGGACCAGGAGAUCGUGGAGUGCGGCCUAAACCUUGCCUGCUACGACCUUGUGAUUCUUGACGAGUUCAGCCAGCUGGAGGCCCGCCACUUUGCUCACGCCGUCCACCUUCACAAUGCAGUCGACAAGACGCCGGCCUUUGGUUUGCUUGGGGAUCGCCGGCAAAUGGCCGGCUACGGGACAGAGCGCCCGUGGCACUCGCCACUUUGGCGGGCAGCCGUGCACCAAACCCAACUUCACGUCCUGUUUCGCUGCAAGGACGAGAAGUUCCGGCAAGUCUUGGGCGCCUUGCGGACCGCCAAGCCGACCGCCACGGGGCCACGCGGCAGCGUCAGCGUCACAGACAUCGUCCGCGGCCGCCGGGCGUGGAGGGGCGGGCAGCCCAAGACAGCGGACGUCGCCCGCUUGCUGCGCGACCACCCGGACACAACGCUCUUGGCCAUCACUCGCCGAGGCGCGGCGACCUUCAACAACCUGGCCGUCCAAGCCAUUUUCUCGGGCCGUCGCCCAGUGGCCACACUGGAUGCGGAUGUCGAGUCCAACCCGGACAACUACACCGCCGCAGGCCAGCUGAAGCCCGCGAAGGACCUGAUUCCCACGCGCCUGGCAGUCUUCGAGGGCAUGGCCAUCUACACGACCCUGAACGUGGACAAGGCCCGCGACUUUGUGAACGGGAUGAAGGCCUUUGUCGAAUCUUACGACCGCGCGGCUCGUGCGCUGAUCGCAGUCACGGUCACUGGGCACCGUCUUGCCAUCCGGCCGCGAGCGGAGGCAAGCUUGGGCCCCCGCGCCUUCCACCCCGUCAAGGCUGGCUACGGCAACACCGUACUCAAGGUGGCCGGCGCGGAGCUUCCCCACGUAGUCCUGUGGCUUGAUGUGGCCAAUAUCCCUGGAGCCGCCUACACCGGCAUGAGCCGCGUAGCGCGAGGGGACGAUUUGCUGUUCGGAGGGCAGUUGACGCCAGAACAUUUUUCUCCGGCUUUGUAA